AUGCAACUACUCGUUUUUCUAUUCGUUUUCUUGGCCACACCAUCGGAUUCUCUGAAUCCCAAAAGACAGCGAUUCUUCGGAACGUCUUCUGAAAAUGUGAAAUCCCGACGAAGUGUUCGAAAUGAGACAUGUCCAGAGUGUGCGAUGAUUAGUACAACGAAACGGAAAAUUGCGGCGAAUAAGUUGAAAAGAGCGCCGCCCAUUUUUCAAGGACCUUCUAACGAUCGCCAGCGAGCAAUUGUAGCAGCAUUCCAGCACUCGUGGACGGGAUACAAGAAAUAUGCAUGGGGACAUGACGAGCUGCUUCCGGUGUCGAAGCGAUUCGAUGAUCCAUUCCAGUUAGGAUUGACGAUUGUGGAUAGUUUGGAUACAGCGAUUAUUAUGGGAUUGGAGACAGAAACCCGAGAAGGCGUCGAAUGGAUUCGGAAUAGUCUGAAUGUGUCUCCAUCGAAAAGUGUGAAUGUGUUCGAAACUACGAUUCGAGUGCUCGGCGGACUUUUGAGUGGAUAUCAUUUGACUGGGGAAGAAGCUCUCCUGGAAAAAGCCGCUAAACUAGGCGACAAUCUACUCAACGCAUUCACAAAAUCCAAAUCUCCCAUCCCGAAAAGUGACGUGGAUCUUGGCACCGGCGCAGCAUUCAGCCCGAAUCGCGGAUACUCUUCGCUCGCCGAAGCGACAACGUUGCAGCUGGAGUUUCGAGAUUUAUCAGUACUGACCGGUGAUAAGAAAUACGAAGAAACGGCUUUCGCAGCGUCAGAACAUGUACACAAGACGAAAUGUGCCGAAUAUGAUGGUUUAUGCUUUUAUCAUAUCGAUGAGAACGGAGAAUUCAAGAAAACUGCGAUCACUCUUGGCGCUCGUGCUGACAGCUACUAUGAGUACCUCAUCAAGCAAUGGCUCCAGACCAAAAAAUCGAUUGAUUGGCUGCGCGAUGACUUCCUCCAAUCGAUGAAAUCCAUCAAAAAUCACCUCUACCGUCAAUCCCAACCAUCAGGCCUCUGGUUCAUUGGAGAAAUCGCUGAAAACGAUGAUUUCUACCCAAAAAUGGAUCACUUGGUGUGCUUUUUAUCCGGAUCCCUGGCUCUUUCUCACUUAAAUGGACUAGAUGAAAAUGGGGAACAUAUUAGAAUGGCCAAGAAAAUCGGAGAAAUUUGCCAUAAAAUGUAUCAAAAUCCAACUGGUCUUGGCCCCGAAAUCAUUCAUUUCAAUAUCGAAAAUCGAACAGACGACGUAUCCAGAGAAGAUUCUUAUGUCAAAAGUCUAGAUGCUCAUUCUCUGCUCCGUCCAGAAGCCAUUGAAGCCUGGUUUUAUUUGUAUCGUGUCACCAAGGACCCAAAAUAUCAAGAAUGGGGAUGGUCAGCGUUUGAAGCCAUUGAAAAAUACGCGAAAGUGGAGACUGGAGGAUACAGUUCAAUCGAUAAUGUCCUUCGGAAGAAGGUUAGAAGACGUGACAAGAUGGAAUCCUUCUUCCCAGCUGAGACGCUGAAGUAUCUGUAUUUGCUGCUGGCCGAUGAUCAGGAGAUUCUGCCGUUGGAUCGAUGGGUAUUCAAUACCGAAGCACACCCAUUGCCUCUUUAUAAUUGA